AUGACGAACCAAAACUCAAUCGCCAGCAAUCCGGCCUGGCAAGCGCUAAUCAAACGCCUCGAGGCGUUGAAGAGUUUCCGCAUCCACACCGGCAACAUCAACAACUACGUGGAGUUGAAGUUGAAAAAGUUUCAGAAUUCGGCCGAAGAGCUGGUGGCUUGCUUGGACAUGCAGUUCGCUGAUUUGAAGGCUGAUAUUGAUGUUACGUGAGUUGUUUGUCAUUUUCCUUUGGAAUUUUAGGGCGGGUACAUAGGAGCGGGGGCAGGGGGAGGAGAAACAGGCCAGGCUGACCUUAAUUCUAGGCCCAGUUCGUUUUAACAUUGGCUAAAGGCCGGGUCGUCUCGAUUGUAUGACUGAGCCGGUCCUGUAACGAUGAGGAGGCCCGAUUGUAAAGCUGGCCAAGUUCGAUAGUAAUGACAUAAAGAACCCGUCAUACUUUGCCUGUAAUUUCCUUUAAAAAAUGGCGGGUUCUUUAUGUCGGCACCUAAUAGUAAAACCCUACCCUUUUUCCAAAAAUCUCAACCCAUUCUUUCAGCGACAACAACAUGCUCCUCCUGACCAACCGUGCCAAACAAGACACAGUCUACGACCGGGACGAUCUCAAGAUCACGCUGAAGGUGUUCCUCUCCGAAUUCGAUCUCCAACAACUGAACGACGCUGUGGAUGGUGUGAUAACACAGUUGAAUACCGACAAUAUCGAACAACUCAUCGUAUCAUUCCCAGCCAGUGAAGAUACGACAUUGGAUGAGCAUGUCGAGCUGGAUAAGGAGUGGUUCGACAAGGUGCUAAAGGCAUGGAACAAGAUUGAUGAAGAGCUGGUCCAGACUAACAAAGUCGUCAGUGUUGGCGUGGCUGACUUUGAAUUGCCGGCGUUGAAGGCGCUUUAUGAGUUUGCUGAACAUAAGCCAUGUGUCAACCAUUACAAUAUCGAAGGAUGUUGUGUAGUAAGUUGGUUUGCUAUUUAUGUAGGGCGUGGUAAUUUAGGGGUUUUUUCGGUUUUUGUGUAGGGCAGGGUAAAUUAGAGUUUUUUCUCGAUUCUUGUGUAGGGCAGGGUAACUUGGAGGGUUUUUUACGGUUUUUUUUGUAAAGGGCGGGGUAAUUUAGGGUUUUUUCUCGAUUUUUGUGUAGGGCGGGGUAAUUUACGGUUUCUUUUUGGUUUUUGUGUAGAGCGGGGUAGGUCAGGGCUUAUUCACUUUUUUAUGUGAGGCAGGGCAAUUUAGGGUUUUUUUUUGAUUUUUGUGCAGGGCAGGGUAAUUUAUCGUUUUUUUUUCGGUUUUCUUGUUAGGGCAGGGUAAUUUAAGGAUUUAUUCGGUUUUCUUUAUAAGGCAGGGUAAUUUGUGGUUUUUUUCGAAUUUUUGUGUAGGGCAGGGUAGUUUGUUUUUUUUUAAUUUUUUGAGUAGGGCGGGGUAAUUUAGGGUUUUUUCUGUUUUUUUAUAUAGGUCAGGCUAAUUUAGAGUUUUGUUUUCGAUUUUUGUGUUGGGGGGGGGGUAGUUUGUUUUUUUUUAAUUUUUUGAGUAGGGCGGGGUAAUUUAGGGUUUUUUUCUGUUUUUUUAUAUAGGUCAGGCUAAUUUAGAGUUUUGUUUUCGAUUUUUGUGUUGGGGGGGGGGUAGUUUGUUUUUUUUUAAUUUUUUGAGUAGGGCGGGGUAAUUUAGGGUUUUUCCUGUUUUUUUAUAUAGGUCAGGCUAAUUUAGAGUUUUGUUUUCGGUUUUUGUGUUGGGGGGGGGGUAGUUUGUUUUUUUUUAAUUUUUUGAGUAGGGCGGGGUAAUUUAGGGUUUUUCCUGUUUUUUUAUAUAGGUCAGGCUAAUUUAGAGUUUUGUUUUCGGUUUUUGUGUUGGGGGGGUAGUUUGUUUUUUUUUAAUUUUUUGAGUAGGGCGGGGUAAUUUGGGGCUUUUUUCGUAAUUUACGGUUUUUUAGUUAGAGUAGGGUAGGUUAGGGUGGUAGGCCACCAUCGUUUCUAAGCCUAAUAUAACAAACCUAAAAUUUUUUAAAAUCUUCUUUCAGGUCCCGCCAGAGCUCACGGAAUUUGCCAAAAAGUUUGACAUUCAACUCCUGACCCACAACGACCCCAACCCAUUCCCAUUGAAGGAUGUGUUCCGAACGUUCUGUGAUCUGUCCGAGACUGCUCCUGUUUGUAAUGUCUGUUUCGAGCCCACGUGGGCGGCACGAUACACGGUUUGGGUACGACGACGCUCCUUGAUGGCAUCAAAAGGCUACAUCGUGCAGUUCGUCAAGGAAUAA